AUGUCACAGGCCUGCAAAGUGCAGUGCCGAUUUGGAUCUGCAUGCGCUCGUCUAGACUGUUGGUUCGAACAUCCUUUGGGCCAUUCGCCAGAAGGGAUCGACUCGAUACCUUGCAGAUUUGGUGCCAGAUGCCACAGACCAGACUGUCGAUUCUCGCACCCUGCGGAGCAUGACCCGUCUGAAGUUCUGCCGCCUGACUGUCGCUUGGGAGCCGCUUGCUGCCGUGUCGGGUGCCCAUUCAAGCAUCCUGCUGCGCCAACAGUUGCCAGAGAUGCUGCCUCAGAGAAACGCAUCUGCGUGUGGUUCCAAAAGGGCCACUGCAGAAAUGGCUCCCAGUGCAUGUUCCAGCAUGUGCAGCAAGAGCGUGAUGCAAAUGUCCUUGUGGUCCGGAACCUUCCGAAGUCGGAGGACCCCUUGUUGUUGGAGAGCGAGAUCUUGGCCUACUUCAAGUCCUUUGGGUAUGUCUCGCGCAUCCAGGUCAAGACCGACCUAGACAAUCGUUGCCGUGGCUUCGCCUUCGUGAUUUUUGCUGAUGCGUGCUGUGCAGCUGAUGCCUUGGCUUGCAACCACCCGCACUGGGACAUACGGCGCAAGACGGAGUUGCCAAUGUACAUAGAAGGUACAGUGAAGAUGAGCCGUAAAGCUGCUCUGCCGGAGCGCGUGCAAGGGGAAGCUCGCUUGCCUUUCGUUGCUGCCGAUCGGGUUCUGCUCGUUGGCGAGGGCGACUUCAGUUUCGCUGCCACGGCCCUGACGCUGGGGUUCCUUGGCACUGCACACUGCUGUGCAUCUUCGAAGGAGCCUCCGCGGGAUGCGAAACAUCUAGUGCAACUGGCCAAGGAUGGCCUGCGAUGUCUCACGGAUAUUGAUGCUACACGGCUGGCGGAAGCAUCCCUCACAGGAGCCUUCGAUGUGGUGGUCUUCAAUUUUCCACACACUGGCGAGCCCAAUGUCGAGGCAAAUCAGGCCCUCCUGAAAGGUUUCCUCGGAAGUGCCACAACAAGUCUCCGAGGCGACGGCCGCAUUGCCGUCACGCUGAAGCAGACGUGGCCUUACACGGAGUGGGAAUUGGAGGCUUGUGGAGCUUCAGUUGGGCUGAGGGUGGUGGAUGCUUAUCCUUUCCCAGCACAAGUCCUGAUCGAACGGGGCUACACCCAUACGACCACGGACAACAUCCCCCACAAAGUGGAACACUUGCACUCGGCAAGGACUGUAGAAUUUGUGCGUGCGAGACACCUGCAAUUAGGAAUUUGUGAGCAUGUGCUAAAUGCUCGGCUAUGGAUUGCAAUUUCUGCAAUAGAUAUUUCAUGUCGUCAAUGUUUUCCCCCAUCCGGA